AUGUUGGAAGGCGAGGAACUACUUCAGCAAUAUGAAGAUGAAAUUGUCCCUCGAUCGUUUCGGGGAGGCUUCGUGUUUCUAAGCUACCUUGUCUCUUGCGUUGGAGCGGCCCUAACACUCGAGCUACUCAAUCGUCGAACUUCCCGGAAUGGCUUAUCCAACCAUCUCAUACUUGUCAGUGCUGCAAUGGCUAUGGGUGGGAUAUCGAUAUGGUGCAUGCAUUUUGUCGGCAAUCAUGCAAUAAUACUAGGCGAGGGCGAGCCUGAACUCCGUAUCAAUUAUUCUAGCCGCUACUCCGCACUCUCCUUCUCUUACCAGUAA